AUGUUACGGGUAGGAAAGGUCUUCGAAGACGUUGCCAUGGAAAAAUCAAAGAUCAGCACCCCGUUCUUCGGCACCGUUAAUGGAACGGCGCCCCUUAUUUCUACAAUGGAAUAUGACAAGUCCGGCUCUAUGUUGCUUGCAGCCAGCGAGACUGUUGACGCGCUUUUCGUCUUUGAGGCUCUUGCAAGUCCAGAACUUCGAAGCGUGCACAGGAUUUCUCGGACAGGAAUCAAUCUGCUUCGAGCGGGACAUCACCCCUCCGUUCUUUACCAUUCCACCACUAGACUAGAAGUACAUCGCCACUUUUUCUGGACACAAGCGCAGUGUGAUGGUGUGGGAUCCUCGGACACCCCAGGCACCGAUCGCAUCCAUCCCAUUGAUUACAGGGACCCCACUCGUAGGCUUCGAUCCCCAAGGUGCCCUUAUGAUGGGGUAACAGCAUUAGGUAUUGUGAUUGGCGUGGCGUUGUCCUACAACCGCACUAUGAGGCUAUACGAUGCUCGUGCAUAUAGCCGAGGUCCGUUUUCCAUAUGGGAAAUUCCAGCCACUAACCCGCCCAUAUCCAGCUGGACACGGCUCGAGUUUUCUAAUGACGGAAACUACAUACUCAUUUCAGGCAGGACCCAUCAUUUUUCAAUUUCGGCAUGGGACGGCUCCUCCAGGGCUGUUUAUGCUUUACCUGGCGCUACAUCUGGUACAAACAGCCCUCAAGGACUUGCCGCUGCUAUAAGCCCAGAUUCACAGUUCAUUUAUGGUCCCAUAGGAGACAAUAGAGUGGCAUUUUGGGAAUCUAACACAGGAAAAGGCGUCUCGCUCAUGGAAACAGGGCACAAUAAGCCCAUUAGUGCGGUAGCAUUCAACCCAAAAUAUGCCACCAUGGCUACAGCUUGCUCAUCGAUUCCAUCUCGACAGGUGGCCGCAGAUUUUUCUCCCAUGGGAAAUGGGUCAUUUCGGGAUUUUGAUCUUGAUCUUGAGCCUGAUCUUGACUCUGACCUUGAUCUUGGUAUAGCUCGCCAACCAUCCGCCACAGAAGGCGAUGAUUGUAAAUGUGAAGAAUUUGGAUGUUGA